AUGGACUCGCACUGCGACUGUGCCGAGCCUCCGGCCGCCGAGCAGCCGUCGGGGAGGAUUAACAAAACCGCCUUCAAACUGUUCAAGAGGAGGAAAUCCGGGGGCACCAUGCCGAGCAUCUUCGGGGUGAGGAGCAAAGGCGGGGAGGGGAAGGGCGCCAGCAAAGCGGGGAUGGUGCGGAGCCGGACUCACGACGGCUUGGCCGACGCCGUGCUGGAGAGCAGCAAGAAGGAGGAACCGGGCGGCGGCGACCCGCAGAGCAAGGAGGCGCAGGGCCGGCCGGCCGGCAGCCUCGGCGUCUCCCCCGGCAGCUCGGUGGCCAAGUCGCACAGCUUCUUCUCCCUGCUGAGGAAGAACGGCAGGCCGGAGAACGGCAAGGCGGAGAGCGCGGAUCAGCGGGCUGGCGGCAGACAAAAGAAGGGGCUGAAAGGGAUCUUCAGCAGCAUGCGGUGGCAUAAAAAGGACAAAAAUGGCAAGGAGGAGAGGGGGGAAACCUCGGAGAUCCAGUCCGGUCUUAUUAUGCCGGGGUCUUUGACUGCCAGCCUGGAGUGCAUCAAAGAGGAGACCCCAAAACCUUUGUCUGAAACUCCGAACAGCGCGGGAGACAUUGGGCUGGAACCGCCGCGGGAGAAGCGCGGUGGCGAGGCACGCGCCUCGGCCGAGGAGCCCGAAGUGGGAGGUGGGGAGUCGCGGGACAGCAGCCCCCCUCCCCGGGAGGACCCCGCCGCUGCUGGAAGGCAACCUGAGGAGCUCUGCCACGAGCGACCGGACCCGGGUGCCGGAGAGGUUGGGACUGCGAAGGAUGCGGCCAUAACAGGCUGCGGAGAUAUUAUUGCGGACCAUGAGGAGGAUGUGGGCGGCGGGAGUGGCGGCUGCGAGAAGAGCACCCCGGCCGGCAAGCUGGGUGCCUCCAAGAAGCACCCCACCAUGGUGGCCUACCAGGGAGGAGGGGAGGAGAUGGCCAGCCCGGACCAGGUGGAUGACACCUACCUGCAGGAGUUCUGGGAUAUGCUGUCGCAGACAGAGGAGACCCAGACAGAAGGAGGAGGAGGUGGAGGAGGGACAAAGAAGCCUGAGGGGUUGAAGGAGAACCGAGGUACCGAGGGGCCCCAGAACAGGGUGGCAGUGAAACGUGGUGGCCUCCACCAGAUCCCCAUUCAUCUCAGCCACAAAGAGGAGCAGAAGGGCAGGGAGAAGGAGCAGCAUGAAGGCAUCCCAAACAGCGACGAGGGCUACUGGGAUUCCACCACCCCUGGUCCCGAGGAAGAUGGUUCCACAAGCAUCCAGAAGGAGACCAUUCCCAGGGACAGCUACAGUGGGGAUGCUCUCUACGACCUCUACGCUGAGCCGGAUGAGAACCCACCAGCGGGGCCUUCAGGCGAAGAGGUCACCUGCAUGGCACGCUCCAAGCCCAUGUCUCCAGUAACGACCACGUGCUCACUGAAGACACCCUCAAGCACAGUGAAGGACUCCAAGAUACCCAUCAGCAUUAAACACCUUUCGUCGCAUCCUGCCAGCCAUGGAGCAGACGCCAGCAACAGCCAUCACGUCGCACACCAUCACCUGGCCAAAAGCGAGAUGCACAGAACAAAAAUCCCUGUCUCCAAAGUACUGGUACGCCGGGUCAGUAACAGGGGCUUAGCAGGGACAACAGUGAAAGCUGCCACAUACCAGGACAGUGCCAAAAAGUAG